UUCAAGUUCAUAUUGGUUUUCAUAUAAAAAAGUAUAUAAACGCAAAUAAACCUCCUUUUAUGAAAUUUGAAUAACAUUCUCAACCGUGAAAUAUUGAAUCCUGAAUAGUGUCAAAAUAAUAAAAUAUCAAGGACAUUUAUGAUCCGACUAAAGUUUACAAAGUAUUGUCGAAGUUUAUUCAUUUAAACAAACAGGGAUACAUAUCUGUAAAAAACACGAUUAAAAACACAUUUAAAAGGAAUUAGUGGAGCAAUCUGCGCGAUUGGUAAUAUAAAAAAGUUCAGGCAAAAAUGGCAUAUUGUCGUCCUUGCACUGUCAAGAAGGCUCCUUCAGCAGCAUUCUCUAACCUGAGAAUUGAAAGGUCCCCUGACAUUAAUUGGAGAGACACAAGGACAGCCGCACAAUGCUUGUCACAUCUUUGUCUUUCGGAACAACUUUCAGACAUCAACUUUACCUUCAGCGCCUAUAGAGAUGUAAAACUUCCGGCCCAUAAAUUAGUACUGAGCAUGCGGAGUGCUGUUUUUGAAGCCAUGUUUUUUGGUUCACUUUCAGAGGGAGGGAAAACAGUUACAAUUGAGGAUAUAGAACCUGAGGUUAUGAAGACUGUAUUAAAGUUUGUUUACGACGAUGAGCCAACGAUAAACGGAGACAAUGUAUUACCUUGCUUGUACACUGCAAAAAAGUACAACUUGUCUGGUCUUGUUAUACAAUGUUCAGAAUUUCUUGAAAACAACAUCGACGUGAAUAAUGUCUGUCAGGUCCAUGAACACGCCGUCUUUUAUGAAAUGAAACCUCUACGAGAAAGAUGCCUUGCAUUCAUCGUGGAUAACGCAACAAGUGUAUUUUCGUCACCAGGCUUUUUAAGUUUAUCACAAGUAACAUUGUUAAAUGUUCUCAAAAGUGAAGAAUUAGCGAGCGAUGAAAUUGAUGUAUUUACAGCAGCAAUGAGAUGGGCAGAACACAAGUGUGAGGUCAACAAGAAGUCCAAGAUUGGAGAAAAUAUGCGCAGUCAACUUGAAGAAGCAGUGUUUCAGAUACGAUUUCCGAUAAUACCGAUUGAAAAGUUUGCGCAAGUAGUUGCCCCGUCCGGAAUACUGACCAAAGAAGAGCUUUUGAUGUUAUACCAGUAUAACGCAACUAAAGGGUCAACACCUUUGGGAACAUUCAGACAUGAGAACAGAUCUGGAGCUACCUUCACAGUUGAUCUUAGGAAACAUGUCAAUUCCAAGCGAUAUCGAGGAGUCAACAACAAUGGUUAUUCAUUGCAAGUUCAGUGCACAUCACACGGAGACAGGUACAAUACUUUCCAUCAAGAUGUUGAGGUGGAGGAUUUAAUGUGUGAACUUGACGAAGACGAGAUAUUAUUUAAUGACAAAAGUUUAACUUUUAAACUUAACAAAAAUUCUCUCAUGCUGAAAUCUAUUACUGGCAAGUUUGCAAGGAACGUCAAAAGAAUAACUCACCAAGGAAUAAAUGUCACAGGCUAUAAAGUUAUGGGAAAUAAGAUACUUUUUGAAACACCGAUUGAAAUGUCGGACGGGAAAAUUGUUCAGUUCAUCCAGAAUAAUAGAGGAAGAACAUGUUAUACUCUUGAUGAUUACGAAGAAGAAUUGGAAAUGUUUUAUCCUGAAAUUUCUAACUUCAAUCAGAAUUGUUUCACCCUUGUGCAAUUUCCUACUGGGACGGAAUCCAUUACAUUUCUUAAAUAAUACAACAUUUAAAAGUUAAAAAUGCCCUGCAUUUAAAAAUGGAUAAUUCUAUUUACUUUAACUGUUUGGGUCAUAUUAUUCAAAUUAUGUGAAAAACGUUUUUUUCUUGGUAAAAAGCAGCAACUAUUCCACAUAAUGAAAACACUUUAUCUGCUGAAAAGUUACAUCUGAUGGAGACAUGAAACAUUGUUGGAGGUAUUUCAGGAACAGUAAACCAAAAGUUUUACCUUUUCGUAGAUUUAUCUGUCUCUAUAAUACUGAUUACAGACAAAUAUUGAAUAAUCCACUUAACAUUUUGCAGCUGUACAAGUUUUUUUUUCAUUUGCGGCAACUUUCUUUGAAACAAAAUGGUGAAAUAUUUUUUGGUGUAGGCAGUCGUUUCAUUAUUGAAUAAUUAGAUACAAUAUAUGUUACAGACUUAAGUCUUUUUCAUGUUUUAAAGCUUUGAUCAAUUUCUGUAUCCGUUUUAUAGACAAAUAUAUAAAUACUUCGAUUGUUGUAAUUUUUUAAUCAUGAUCUCUAUCUUAAUGUUAGUAUUGAGUGACAUAAAUUGUGUACUAUGUUAUAUACAUUUUUAUCUAAAUUUUUUGAUAAAAAAAUCAAUUAUUCAAUGAAAGAUAAUAAUAUCACUGAAUACUUUCCGUGAAAAAAGACAUAUAUAAACUUUCGUUCUUAUGCAAAGUAAGGCCGUUGGUUUUCAAUGCUUUUCAUGUCAUCUUUAAUGUAAAAUUUGUAAUAAAUUAGUAAAAACAAUGGUCACGCUGCAGUUUGAUACAUAGAACACGUUUAAUUCAAACCUACGCCAGCGCGGACUCUAGUAAUUUAGUAUAUAUUCAAUACUUGUUAUUGUAAUUUGUAAUACAUACAUAUGAAUGAGUAUUUUUGCAGAAGAAUGAUUAUUUUUGUGUUGUUUUCUUUUAUUUUACUAGUAUGUUUGUUUCCGUAUUCAAUGGUAGUGUCAUUACUGUAGUCGGAUCAGUUCUUAAUCAAGUUUGUCCUCCAAGGAAUUAAACAACUGAUUUUAAGUUGCAUCUAUUGUGUCCAUUUCUAUGUUUGCUCAUCCUAUUUGCUCUACAACAUAUGGCAUAUUAAGCUCAAUUAAUAUCAUAUAAUAGUAUUAAAAGUGUGACAAGUCUGAAACAAGACGAGACAGACAUACAAAUUAAUUACGAUUUUUUGGACACGAGUCAAUAAACGAUCCGUAGAAGAAUUUUUUGUUUAUAAUAAUAAAUAAAUAUUAUGAUUUGCUCUAAAUAAGGCAAAAGUCGAAAACAAAUCA